GUGCUGGCGGCGGCGAUGGCGACGCUCAUGGCGGUGCUGGCGCGGCCCUUCCGCCGCGGUCCUGCCGGCCUGGGGCUGCGGCUCCGACGGGAGGCGACGGGCGGCCCGUGGGGCCGGGGCCGGACGUGGAGCGAGGUGCUUAGAAAAAGCCUUCAAAGGGGGCUUGUGCUUUCAACAGGGUCCUUUUUGGCUUACGAAACUCAUAAGCUGAUUUUUGGCUUUGCUGAGGUUCAUGCAAGCUUCAAAGUGGAAGAAGUGUUAGAACAAGCAGACUACCUGUACGGGAGUGGAGAAACUGAAAAACUGUAUCGGUUGCUGGUUCAGCAUAAAAACAGUGAUGAUGCAGAGUUGUUGUGGCGGCUGGCACGGGCAUCACGAGAUCUAGCUCAGCUUAGUAGUACUUCUGCAGAGGAGAAGAAACAACUGACUUAUGACUCCUUUGAGUAUGCAAAAAAGGCUCUUGAAAAAAAUGAGUCAAAUUCUGCAGCGCACAAGUGGUAUGGAAUUUGCCUCAGUGAUGUUGGAGACUAUGAAGGAAUCAAGACUAAAAUUGGAAAUGCUAUUGUUAUCAAGGAGCAUUUUCAGAGAGCCAUUGAACUAAAUCCAAAAGAUGCUACAACAAUUCAUCUUAUAGGGAUUUGGUGUUACUCCUUUGCUGAAAUGCCAUGGUACCAAAGAAAAAUUGCUGCAACGCUGUUUGCCACACCACCAACUUCCACGUUUCAAGAGGCGCUACGUUACUUUCACAUGGCAGAGGAAGCCGAUCCAAAUUUCUACAGCAAAAAUUUGCUCUUUUUGGGGAAGACAUACUUGAAGUUAAACAAUAAAAAGAUGGCUCUUCUCUGGUUAAGCAAAGCAAAGGAGUAUCCUGCACAGACAGAAGAGGACAAACAGGUACAGAAAGAAGCUUUGGAGCUGCUUAAUUCUAUAUAAGAAGAAACAAGAUAAUGGGAAUUCAGUGCCUCAGAUUUGAGCAGCACAGGAAAAAGGCCCCAAAUACUACUUUGGUUUAUUGAAGCUGUUAAUAAAAGUACAGCCCUGACC